AUGCCGCAAUUGACGCUGUUUGACCUUGCGCACCCUCCUUACAAUGUGCCUAAGCCUCGAGACGGGAAGCGAGAGUAUCUUCCGGGGGCUUUUUCUUGGCCUCCCAAUAAACGCUUCCGCCAACUCACUUUAGAGUUAUCCCUCACUGGAUUCAGGCCCUCCACACGCCCUUCGCCUUUGAACCUCAUGGACUUGCCGCAGGAACUUCUCGACCAGAUUUACGAGGAGUACUUUACGCACCCAGGGGGCUAUCGCGUCUGCUUUGACACCACCGAACCUGAGACCCAGUGUGUCAUCGGAUCCGACGGGAAGAAGAUCGAUCUUUCUCUACGCUUGGUAUCAGUAAGACUGGCAAAGGACACUAAGGGACUCGCUUUCAAAUACAACGCACUUCACUUCUCUCCAGAGCCGGAAGUACUACAUCCGGCGCGAGUCGACACGUUGGACACCAAGCAGUUCGGGCUCUACAUGGAUCUUCGAACUUUCCUCGACGAGCAAAUACUCCACGCCUCGCGCCGCCUACUUACUCCAAUCCUAAUUGAUGAGAUCACGUACGACUUUCCUCAAUACCGCGGAGCGUUGAAUGACUUGAUCGCCAACGAACGCCGUGUGGACAUGUUUCACGGAUGCAAAGGUGACCCAAUGUCUAUAAGGCGGGCAUUUGUACUCCAUGCUCUGGAUAUCCUCCACAAGCUACCACACUUCACUGAGACAGUUCGCGCCGCCCCAUCCUGGAAUUUGCAACCUCUACUCCGGCCGGCUCAAAUUAUACGCCCUGUACCGGUCGCCUUCUGGAAAUAUCCACCACGUUAUAUUGACGACGAUGUAGCUGAUCGCCUACAACAGUAUAAAGCUAUUCAUUUGGAGAGGCGUGCGCACAUAGAAUUGAUAGGCAACCUUUCCGCCGCUGCACUGGCAAUUCGAUUCUUGCAGCGAUUGCCGAGCGAGACGAUGUCGCAAAUACGCAACGUGCACCUGAACGAGGACAAACCUUCGAUCUCGUAUCCAGAAACGCACGCUCAGGGUCUAAGACCUCUUCUCGAACAUUACCCCAAGCUUCAUGUCCAUCGAAAAGUCUCUAUAGACUCAGCGAUACUUGAUUCCAUCGACUCAGUAGCUCGACGCGAUUACAGGGGCGAAGGCCGCUUGGCAGACAAAUGGAGGAUCCACGCGCCAUACAUCGUCAACAAUAAGGGAGCUAGCUGGAUGACCUCCACUAUCUGGCCAUGGAUCAGCGAGGUUCUGGCGUUCUCGGCUACAUCCAAAUCGUCAUCACAAUUCACCUUCGAGUUUGUGCACGGCACACCCAACACGAUGGAACCAUGUAGGUUCUUCGAGUUCGUGCAGCGAGAUCUGGCCUGGCAAGGCGCUCGCCGUAUCGCCUACCAGAAAGACAUGGCGAAUGGCAUACCAGCCUCUGAAACGCAUCAUACACGCUACCUUUGGCCUCACUACGAGAUGAUUCGUUCUGCGGUUCAAGACAUCAUCGACAAAUCGUCCCCAGUCAAGUGCAACUUCGAAACUCGACCUGUGUACAGCUCAGCAUCACUGUUCACUUCGAACGGUAAGUUGAGAAAAGCAAGGUGGCGUAAGCGCAUCGUAAGCGCCCAAGAAUGGAGGCCGAUAGUGCUGCUAGGGGGGCCGCGCACUCCACCGACUCCCCUUGCUGAGACGUACGAAGCGCUCAGCAAACAGGAAGCUGAUCUCCACUUCCACGAGUAG